AUGUCCACGCACCCAGGCAUUCCGAAGAUGGCAGCACCCUACCAGUACGUCAAGACCGCUUCGUUGCCCUCAAGCGAACGCAACGAAGUCGCGAUGCUCAACAAGCAGACCCGCGAUGACAUCAAAACCAAGAUCCAUGCCCUUCUCGAUGAUCGAGCAAGCCUACAACGCGAGCAGAGACGCAACAACGACAAAGAAGCUCAAGACAGCCUUGUCGAGAGCGUGAGGAAGAUCAGAAUCGGCAGCGAAGCCCAAAAGCGCGAGCAACGGAGAGCAGAUCAUCAGAAGCAUCGCAAAGAGGCCGCCUCAAAGAAGGCAGCCGAAAGGAAUGAUGACCUGCGUGCUGAGGCUUUUGCAGUUGUCGAGGGACUCUUGCUCAAGCGUCGCAAGCAGCUGGAGUUUUUUGAGAAAUCUGAAUCAGCAGACCUGGCGAAGGUCAAGGCGGCGGGAGGAGGCGAUGGGCCAACGUGCGCGAGAAAUCCUACUGUGGAGUCUGAUGAUGAGGACAUACGCCACGAGCCUUCGGCUGGCACCAUGAAAGGAUCGAAGUCGCGAUGCCAGAUCAUGUAA